GCGUUUUAUUUCCGGUUCAUGGGACGCGGCUGAGGCGGCGCAGGAUUGGCAGCGUCAGCCCGGAAGUUCUGUCCAAGGCAGGUCUUGCAGGUCUCCGGAGGCGACGCAGGCCGCCGUCAUGGCGGCUCGGCUGGCUGUGAGUCGCUGUGGUGCUCUGCCUGCAGCUGCCCGCAGAGGCUCGCUGGUCCCCUGCCGCAGGUGGUCGGCCGGCUCGGCAGACGCCGUGUACGACGUGGUAGUGUCGGGAGGAGGCAUGGUGGGCGCUGCCAUGGCCUGUGCCUUGGGACAUGAUAUUCACUUUCAUGACAAGAAAAUCCUGUUGCUAGAAGCAGGCCCAAAGAAAGCCCUGGAGAAGUUGCCGGAAAUGUACAGCAACAGAGUCAGCUCAGUGUCCCCGGGCUCUGCGACCCUGCUCAGCAGUUUCGGUGCCUGGGAUCACGUCUGCAACAUGAGAUACAGAGCCUUUCGGCGCAUGCAGGUGUGGGAUGGCUGCUCAGAGGCCUUGAUAAUGUUCGAUAAGGAUAAUUUAGACGACAUGGGCUACAUAGUGGAGAACGAUGUCAUCAUGCACGCACUCACUAAGCAGCUGGAGGCGGUGUCUGAUCGAGUGACAGUCCUGUACAGGAGCAGAGCUGUUGGCUAUUCCUGGCCUGGCCCGUUUUCCAUGGCGGACUCCAGCCCAUGGGUGCAUAUUACCCUGGGUGACGGCAGCACCCUCCAGACCACACUGCUGAUUGGCGCUGAUGGGCACAACUCGGCAGUCCGGCAGGCUGCAGGGAUCCCAAGUGUCGGCUGGAGCUACGACCAGUCUGCUGUCGUGGCGACUCUGCAUUUGUCAGAGGCCACAGAAAACAAUGUAGCCUGGCAGAGGUUUCUUCCAUCUGGGCCCAUUGCGCUGCUCCCGCUCUCGGACACCCUGAGCUCCUUGGUGUGGUCCACCUCCCACGAGCAUGCCGCACAGCUGCUCAGCAUGCAUGAGGAAGAGUUUGUGGAUGCUGUCAACUCUGCCUUUUGGAGUGACGCCAACCACACCGAACUCAUCAGCUCGGCCACUAGUGCGCUGCAGUUCGCUGUCGCUCUCCUGAAGCCCACGAAGGCCUCGGCUCGCCAGCUACCCCCGAGUGUAGCCAGAGUGGACGCCAACAGCAGGGUCCUGUUUCCGCUGGGGCUGGGACACGCAGCGGAGUACGUCCGGCCGCGCCUGGCGCUCAUCGGGGACGCAGCCCACAGGGUCCACCCACUUGCUGGACAAGGGGUCAACAUGGGCUUUGGGGACAUCGCCAGCCUGCUCCGUCAUCUCAGCACUGCAGCCUUCAAUGGAAAAGACUUAGGCUCCAUGAGCCACCUCACGCGGUACGAGACGGACAGACAGCGCCACAACACCGCUCUGCUGGCCGCCACCGACUUGCUGAAAAGGCUGUACUCCAGCAGGGCGGCGCCGCUCGUGCUGCUGCGGACGUGGGGGCUGCAGGCCACCGACGCCAUCUCCCCGCUCAAAGAACAAAUUGUGGCCUUUGCCAGCAAGUGACUGCCCUCCUGCGGAGUUCAGGCUGAUUGGGAGAAGAGCGCCUGCCUCGUGACCACCGCCCUGCUUCUGGGAUGUAGCUUGAUAAAUUUACUUCACACGGGACUCUCGGCCCUCCUGUGCUGGCUGUGCGCAGGGAGCCUAAGCGACGCCAUGUCGCUGGAAACAGCUCUGAUUACUAAAGCCAAAGCUGCGGAGGUGCUGCUCCAUUCAUGUUCACUUGUUACCAGUCCUUGCUAGAGAUUUAUGCAUUUGGU